AUGCCAGAUAUAUCACGGAAUCGAAUCGAAAUCUGGCGCAGCGAAGUCGAAUCACAAUCAUCGUCGCAAUCGGGUAGGACGGGCCUAGAAGAUGUGGGGUGGAGUGCACCUGUUGUGCGACCAGUGGGUUUUUGGAGGAGGAUGUUAGGGUUGGGGUAUGGAGGUAGUGGAAGUGGUGCUGGCAAUGAUGGAAGUGGAAGUGAAAGCGGGAAAAGUAUGAGUAUAGGGAGAAGAUUGGGCUUGGUGAAGAAAGAAGUGGAAAGAACGGGGAUGUAUACGGUUAAGAGUAGGGAUGUGGAUGAGGUUGGAGGGAGAAGAGAUUUAGGGGAGAAAGAUGGGGAUGUUGAUAGGAGAAGUAGUAUGGAGCUUGUUGGGAGUGAGGAGAGUGUUAGGGGUGGGUUGAGGGAAAGGAGGAAUAGGUUAGAAAGAGCGGCUAAGCUAUUGGGGAAGAAUGAUGGGAUGGGAGAAAAUGGACAGAGGAGUUGA